GGCUUUGGGUUUGCAAGCUAAUCCAUCACACGACGCGGCGCGCGUCGGAGGCUGCAGCUGCAAGGCUGUAGAGACUGCUAAAAAAGCCAUUCGAAACGAGCGAGCAGCGCGAAUUGCAAACGGAGCAAUGCCGCGCACCGGUGCAAGGCUGGUGCUCUAUGUAGCUAUUGCAGCUAUAGCACGCGUCGCCGCCCUCCCACCCCUCAAGAGGAGCCUGCGCCCGCAACAUGGCGCGCUCACCGUAAGAGGAGGAAGCACAAAAAAAACGGUCACGCGCAACCCGCGCGCCGUCGUCGUGCAGAAGCGGACGGACGUCCUGGGCGCGUCCUUCAACCUCGUGAAUAACGUGGCGGGCUGCGGCUUCUUGACGCUGACGGCGGGCGCCGCGGGCACGGGCUACCUCCCCGCCAUAGGACUCGUGGCCUUCCUCGGGGCGGUGUCGUGCGGGUCGUUCCUGUUGUUGGGUGAGGAUGCGUUGCGCUACCAGGCGUCCGACGUGCGCUCGCUCUGGUCCGAAGCCGUCGGCGCGAACGCCUGGGCCGUGGACGCUUCCGUCGCGGCCUUCUGCGGUGCUGCUGCCGUCAUCUACCACGGCAUCGUCGGGGAUGUAUUUGGGCCUCUGGUGGAGAAAUAUCUAGAUAUUCCACCAUCAAUCACGGUCUACGCCGUGGCUUUGUUGGCCUUGUUUCCUUUGUGUCAAUUGGAUUUGGCUACUUUAGCAAAAUUCUCGUUGAUGGGCUGCGCGUCCGUCUUCCUCACGGCCUUUGCGAUUUUGUAUCGAGCGGUCGACGGCACUUAUGCUGAGGAUGGCAUACACAGAGCGAGCGCCGUGGCGUCGGAGGCGACAGGCGGCUGCUGCGGGGUCUCGGCGAAAGCAUUGGUGCUGUCCGCGAACCUGGGGUUGGCCUACGUCGCGCACUACAACGCGCCGCCGCUCGCCGAGUCGCUGGCGCGCGGCGACGGCGGCGCGCGGCGGCGCUUCCGCCAGGUCACGUUCCUGUCGUUCACGGUGCUCGUCGCGUUGUACGCGGGCGUCAUGGCGGCGGGCAAGGCGACGUUCGGCGACGCGGCGCGUUCGCGUCCGCGUCCUUUCUUUUUUUGUGCCUUCUGUGUUGUGCCUUCGCGCGGCGAUGGCGUCCGGCCCGAGGCGCCACCUCGACGCCAGCGACGCGACGCUCCUCUCGACGCCAUCGACGCGCCACACCUCGACGCCGUCGACGCGCCCCCGAACGCGCAGGCCCGAACGUGCUGCUCAACUACGGCGCGUCCGACGCGCUCGCCCGCGUCGCGCGCCUCGCGACGGGCGCGUCGAUCGUCUUCGGCUUUCCGCUCGUGUUUUCCGGCUUUUACGAUUCCGCGACGCGGUUGUUGCCGCCGGCGUGGGAGACGUCGCUCCAGAAGCGGCGGGGCGCGCGGCGCACGCUCGGGUCGCUGUGCUUGGUGUUGCUGACGGCGCAGGUCGCGCUCGCGGCGGGCGACAUCGGGCUGCCCGCGGGGCUGGCCGGGUCGCUGCUCGGGGGCUUCGUGGUCUACGUGCUGCCGGCGAUGAUCCGCUGGCCGAACGCCGGCGCGGUCGGGCGCGUCGGGUGUUUGAUGCUGGCGCUGCUCGGCGUCGGCCUCGGUUUGCUCGGCGCGCAGCAGACGCUGUCGGCGUACGGGCUGAUCUGAACAUGAUAUCCCCUCCUCCCCCGUCGUUCGUUUUUUUAGGAUCUAAGGAAGUGGCUUUUCGGCUA